AACCUAAGGUAGGUAACCUACAGGGUAAGAGCCAGUUGACAAAGAUGACGGAAAGAGCAUACUACUAGUAGUAAAGAGUUAAGAGUCAAGAUUCAAGAUUUAAGAUUCAAUCUUCAAUCUUCAAUCUUCAAUCUUCAAUCUUCAAUCUUCAAUCUUCAAUCUUCAAUCUUCAAAUUUUGACUCUUGAAAGUCAUGACAACCUAGAACAUACAAGCAUUUUCAUACAUAUAUAUAUAUAUAUAUCUUAUAUAUAUCUUAGACUCAUCCAGCCAUACAGAUUUACUCUUACUGUACAUAGUUAUAGCUCUCUUCUAAUCUCCGUGAAUUGCGACAAGAUAAAAUGACAUCCCUUACGCCUCCACCACCCUACACCCAAGAAGAGCUCAAGACCCUCUACCCGUCUAACCUUGAACUCCAGCUCGUCCAAGUUCUGCUACGCCAUGGUGAACGUUCCCCUGUCUCUGCUCGUUUUCAGAACGCCGGUCUCCCUGCCUUCUGGCCUUACUGCAGUGCCGUUCGCCAACUGAAAUCCGCUGUACUGGACCGUCAUACCAAUCAAUUCAAUACUUUGGAGUGGAAGCGCCGGCUUGAAACCUUCGGUCGCAAUGAUGAGCCCGUACUAGCUGCGGGCCCCGCUGGAGAGGUUGAUGGAGUCUGUGAAAUGGGCAUGUUGACCGACAAAGGCCGGGAGACCACUUUCGAUCUCGGCUCCCGCCUACGCACACUAUAUGUCGAUCAGUUGCGAUUCCUACCACCGGUCUUGCUGAACGCCGAUGGCCUUUAUUUGCGGGCGACGCCCAUCCCCCGUGCCUUAGAAUCUGUGCAAGAAACUUUUACCGGCUUAUACCCAGCGCACACCCGAGCCCCUGCCUUCCCCGCCCCACCCAUCUUGACCCGAGCCCCGGGCGACGAGACUUUGUUCCCUAACGACAGCAAUUGCCGCCGAUUUGCUGCGCUCUCUCGCGCAUUUGCGCGCCGCGCUGCCGAGCGCUGGAACGAGACGGACGACAUGGCGUACUUGACCAAGCUCUUGGGCAAAUGGAUGCCCGAAGAGUCUCAGCGUGUAGCCGUAGACUCACGUCCGCGGUUGAGCGGUAUCAUGGAUACCAUCAACUCGACUUUAGCGCAUGGCCCAGAGACGCGACUUCCAAAAGAAUUCUACGACCCCAAGGCGCGUGAGAUUAUCGACAAGAUUGGGGUAGAGGAAUGGUUUGCAGGUUACAGGGAGAGCCAGGAAUACAGGACCCUAGGUAUCGGGGGGCUUUUGGGUGACGUUGUAGGCAGGAUGGUAGGGAGCGCCGAGAGUUCUACAGCUGAUGGCGAGUACGAGGUAGCCGGGAAGCUGGAGACCAGCAUUAUGAAGAAAGGGGCUGGAGCUACACCCAUCCGAUUUGGACUGAGCGGGUGUCACGAUACAACACUUGCCGCCGUCUUAGCUAGCUUGGGCGCGUACGAGAACGCCAAAUGGCCGCCCUACACAAGCCAUAUCGCCAUCGAGAUGUUCCGGAAAGCAGACACCACCAACAAACCAGCAAGCACGCAGAAAGAGGGUGCGACGACAGGAAACUCCGUCGAUGCUGCUAAGCCCGGUUGGUUCAGUUCCGUAUUCUCUUCGGCCCGCACGAAACCCGGCAAUUCACCACCAGGCAUAGGCCGAAAGCAGACGGGUGAGCUCUCGGCUGCGGAACGAGCCAAGCUGAACAGCUACUACGUUCGCAUAAGGUACAACGACCAAGUCGUCACGGUGCCAGGCUGCAAGGCCCCCGGCAAGCACCUCGAGGGCGACGAGAGCUUCUGCACCCUCGAGGCCUUUAAGGCCAUUGUCGACAAGUUCGUCCCCCGCAACUGGAAGCAGCAGUGCAGGGCAGAUGUCCAGGGCCCAGCAUUCCCGACUAAGCCCGAGCCUGCCGGCUACUAGAAUGAGUAACUAAAGCUCGUUCGCUUUCAUGGUACUACUUAGUUACCUACUACCAUGCCUAUCAAGAUACACCCCCCCUUGAGAUACCCAAGCUACCUACCUAUCUCGGUAUCUAU